AUGGACGACGACAACGUUCACACGCCGAAGGGUUCGACGGAAGAAUCUGAUUCGGAGGUUGAAGACGACGGUGACGUUGUGAAUUACAGUGCACAUUUUGUGACAGACACGGUUUUUCUAACGUUUGACGAUGCAGUUACAUGGGCGGAUGCUGUUGCAAUAAAUCUGGGAUUUAUUUUGGUGAAAUCGUCUUUCAACAAACAGAGGGAUGGUCGACCAGUUCGAUAUUUAAGAUGUGACCGGGGACGCAGGAGUAAGCCGAGAGAUCUUGAGAACGCAAUUCGGAAGGACACCAAAACCAAGGGCAUUUGUUGUCCUUUCUACAUCAAGAUAUGUUACGAGUUCGUCAGCAAUACUUGGUUUCUCUGGGCGAAAGAUGAUGUAACUGGGACCCACAACCAUCCAAUGAUUGCGUAUCCAGAGGGUCAUCGUAAAAUUAGUGGGUUAAGCCCGAAAGCGAAGCAGGUUAUGCGUGACAUGACGAAGUCUAAGGUUGCACCGCGUAACAUCAUGGCGACUAUUGCGGAGCAAUUUCCUGAUGAUCAUCCAAACAUCAGACACAUCUACAACUGCCGGAAUGACUUCAGAGAGGAGAUGUCUAAUGGGAGAGGAGCUGUUCAUCAAUUUCUACAUUUGGUGAGACAGAGUCAGUAUGUUUACUGGGUCAUGUCCGAUAAUGAAGGCGUUUUACAGCACGCCUUUAUGGCGCAUCCAGUCAUGAUAGACAUCCUACGGACGUACCCCUAUGUGAUCGGUAUGGAUUCCACUUACAAGACUAACCGAUACGGGAUGCCGUUCUUUGAGAUAGUUAGCGUGACACCAACAAAUUAG